UAAGACUUUAGAAGAUAUCACUCCACCCAUCACGGUGGGAUUUUUUGCCCCAUGGGGGAGAAAAAAAAGAAGACUCCUAGAUAAAAUUGAAGGACACCUGAAAGAGAGUCAAAAUUAUACUGGAAGAGAAAAAGCAAGCAGCAUUCGUAGCAUGCUUUCACUCUUUUUUCGUAUAAUGUUUUUCCAACCACUAAAACCGGAGGAAGAAGCCAGACAAAAAAAAACAUCUAAAAACGGUGUCCGGUAUGUCUUCAUCGGCUUCAAUGCCUGGGAAUACGUGGGCUGUGACUAUACUUGGGCCGGCAUCGUUACGACGUUGUUGGAUGAAAUUGAAGUACAUCAUAAAUGGUGCCUUGCAGCUUUUCGAUACUUUGGUACCGAUUUCAAGGAAACGUCUAAUGGAAAAAAAUGGACUUUAAAGACAUGGGGUAGCAUAUUCUUUGGGGGCUCUGUGUUUGUAUACCUUUUGUUAAUUCCCCUUAUUUCCUCGCUGUCAGAGGUGGCUCCAAUCUCAUUAGCUGGCGGCGCCUUAGCUUCUAUUCUUGUUCCUUUCCUUCCUAUAUUGAAAAACUUUAUUUUCACAAUGAAAAAGAAUAUGCAGAAAGAAAUGAAUAGAAAGGAUCUUAGCACCCAGCUGGGCUUCAUGCACUCUGUAAAAAAAGAGGUUGAAACCAUGAUCAAGUUCUUAAAGGUUUUGGAGUUUCAUGAGGAAAAUGAGAUCCGGGUGGUCCUAAGAAUCACCAAUUUGGACUUAUGUACUCCGGACAAGGUAGUGUCUGUUCUGGAUGCCAUCAGGAUCCUCCUCUCUGACCCCACAGCUCCAUUCAUCUCCAUCUUGGCUGCGGACCCAAGCAUCCUUGUAAGAUGUAUUCAGAAGUCCAGUAACACCUGGAGAAACGGCUAUUUAUACCUGGACCGGAUCGUGUCCCUGCAGUUCUCCCUGCCACCAAUGAACCAUAUGGAGAAGCAGAAGCUGCUCUCCAAAGCCCUUAAAAUCAAGCGUCAAGAAGUUUGCACCACCGUGCGCGUUGACGUGGAGGGGAAUGAAAAUGAAGCUAAGAACGGUUCCAUGGAAAGUCCAGGCGUUAGGCUUUUAAAGAGUAAGGAAGACAUGAGCAAAGUGGUAUCAGCUGAAGAGACUGGCAGGAACAAUAAGAUUGCUGACUUGAGAAGGUUAGUAUAUGAAAAAUUAAAGGAUAGUGAUUAUCUCCCAGGGAAUUAUGUGGAAAUGAAUCGGGUGGUAAAUACAGCGAUGACCAUCCAGUACAUGCUGGAGUUUGGAUAUGAAUUUGACUCCAAUUUGAGGGAAAUGUACAAAGAAGAGUUGAAUGGUGUCAUGAUAGAUUGGGUGAUCCUGGCCAACUCUUGGCCCUGCCACUUGAGCUGGCUUUUGCAGUGCGAGGAAGACAAGCGGCAAAGAGCCUCCCCGCAUGAGAAAGGGGGAGCCAGUGAAGACAGCCAAGAGGCCGCUACUGAUGACAGUAACAGUCUUUUCAGUAUUUACCAGGAAAACCAUAAUUUAGAUAAGUUUAAGAUUCGGGAAGCCAGUCAAAACAGCAACAGCGGAGACGGCCAAAGGGCAGCUACUAGUGAUGAUAAGAGUCUUCUCAGUAUUUACCAGGAAAACCGUAAUAAUUUAGAUAAGAUUAAGGAAAAGAUUCAGGAACUUCUGGAACUGGAUCAAGAUCCUGACCUCUUUGAAAACAUGCUGAAGGAAAAUAAAAGGUAUUUUACAGCAAAGGGGGCCGAGUCUAUUCCCAAUCUGCUCAUUAAUCUGGAUUUCUCCUUGAAAAGGAAGUUUGAGUUGCUGGAAGAUCUGCACAAUACUUACAGGAGACAAAAUGAACAAAAUUUGGACCCUCCUAAUUCCCCAGAUGGGGAACCAAGAACUAACAAGUGAAAUACAAGGCUUUUUACAGGUAAUCCUCACUUUACAGCACUAGUUGGGACCAGAAACUCUGACAUUAAGCGACAUGGUUGUAAUGUGACCACACCACUGCGACAGCAGUUCUGGCAGCCCUGGUUGCCAUCGUUAAGUGAGGACCUCAUGUGAUCCCGACUUGUGACUUCCUGCUGGCUUCCCUUUUGGCUUUGCUUGUGGGAAACCAGCAGGGAAGGACAAAAAUAACGGCCACGUGCAUGCCGGUUGCCAAGUGCCCCAACUGUAAUCCCAUGACGACAGGGACACUGCACCACCGUUACUAUGAGGAGCAGUUGUAACUACCCCUCCUUCAGUGCUGUCAUAAGUUUGAACAGUUGCUGAACAAGUGGUCGUUAAACCACACUAUGACAUUAAUGUAGUAACGUCACCUGUUGCUACACCAGUGUAAUGCAAAAUGUAUUUACUAUAAUUCUAGUGACCCAGUAUCUACUUGUCUAUAUAUACACUAAGAGAAUUUACUGCAGGUGUACUACCAGCAUUAGGUGAUCCAAACCUUUGCUUUUACCCUGUUUUUAAGAGCCAAAAUAAUCAGGUACUGCACAGCUUGGGAACGCUUGCCUGGCCGUUACAAUCCCAGGGCUUCCUAUGCCCUCCCCUUGUACCCCAGUUCUCCAGCCCCUGGAGACCCCCCCGGCCUUUGCUCUGCUGCCAUCUGUAGUCCAGGGCUGCGUCCUCCUUUCUGGGGCUUCUUUGCAGGGCCCUCCUCUGGGCCGCAUGUCUCUUCCUGCCCCGGUGGCGGAUGGCCUGGCUCCUGGCUCUGCCAGCGAGGUUUCCUCUGCUGCGCACCCCGUCCAGUCGCCUCUGACUCUAGCAGCAUCUCCUGCCGAACCUGGAAGACCCCCUCCUUUUUUUGUCUACCUCCGCUGCCUCCUUCUUCUAGAUCUUUCCUUCACACCCUACACACCAGCUUGCAGGCAGUUCUCAGGAGUUCAGACGUUUUGUUUCCCCUCCUCUGUAACUGCCUCUAUGUAUGAGCUGGUCCCCCGAGAGUCAGGCCACCCAGGAGAAAAAACUUGUGAUAAUCAGUCUUGCGAUUUAGCUAAAAGCAGGCAGGCGCUUGGGGUCCUCAGCCAGCACGAACAGGAAAAUAAGCAACAGCGUUCACUGCCGGAGCUUACAACAAUCGCCCGAGAAUGGUUAACUUUAGAUGGGGGAACCAAGCUUAUUCAAGACAACAGGUAGGUUAAAACAACGUCAGCCAUCAUUUUAAGCCCUUUUAAUUAAAGGCUCCAUUGCGUAAAUAAAUGUGAUUUCAUUUUAUCCCCCCACCCAAUAAUUUCUUUUUUGUAUCGGUUUUAAUGAAUUAAUCCAAUCUGUAAGCAUAACCUGAUCACACGGUCUGCCAUUGUCGCUAAUUGACUGUAAUUGUAAUGUAACCAAUGAAAAUCACAUCAUCUUUGCGUAAGUUGAUAAAGCGGGCUUGUAACCCCACCCUCUUCAAGUCUCUGCAUUUUGGCCUCCAGUCAAUAAAUCAGUUUGUGCCUUUAACGCGACUGUGUCUUGGUCUUAAAUGGGCCCCUAAGGGAGACGCUUCUCCUUCCACGCCAAGAAAACCCACGCUGGGCGGGCAGGUGAACUGCUAGCGUGCGUCCCCCUGGGCGGGCUUGGCUUUGACUUCCCACGGACGGACGGACGGACGGACGGCACUGCCCGCUGUAGUGAGAUCCGUGGCCGCGUGACACGCAGGCCGCAGUUCGGUCUUAACGAUUAGCAACGUGUGGCGGGUCCGGGUCAAGUGCCAUAGAAGCAGAAGCAAAGUCCGCUGAACGAUGGGCGGAUUCAUCCCAGGACCGCCUUCAAACUGGCUUAUCUCUGCCCGGGGGGACACGGCAGCCUCUCCGCGUUGAGACCCCGAAGCCCCACAGGGGAACUCCUGAUUCUGUGCUGAGCGCGCGGCGGUGAAACUCGCAGGGAGCUCCCCCGUCACAGCCUGCCUGCCGGGCAGCGGAGCCGCUGCGCGCGCCAGCAGCGGGACUUCUGCUUCUCCUCCGACGGCCUCCCUCCUUCUGACGACGGAAAAGCAACGAGCGGAGACUCGAAGGGCGCUCCGCAGAAGAGAGCCGUCAGGAGCGCGGGCCCCGGCUGCAGCCGUGCCAAGGGCGGGAGCGCGUCGGGGC